AUGGCAUCCCACCUCGAAAACCGCGAAAACCGCAUCCCAACAACGGCCGACAUACCCCUAGAAGACCUCGAGGCCUCCAGAACUAGCAACUUCGAUCAAUCCUCCCGUUGGAAUGGGUUUUCCCAGUUUCACCCGGCAAACAUACUAGCCAAUUCACAUUCGACAAGGUCACAAGAGGACUGGCUGGCCAGUACGGAAGAAACAUUCUUCAGAUUAACCAUUGUCCUCACACCCAGCUUCCUGCAGAAGUAUGUGGGGGUUCAACCGGAACAGCCCGCGAAAUUGCACGCGAUCGCUGCACUCGACGGGUUGCGAGGCUGGGCCUGUCUGCUAGUCUUCAACUUCCACUUUCUCUUCGCCUAUACAUGGAAAGUUGCGGUCGGAUGGGGAUUUGCAGGCGAGAACUGGGGAAUUCACCAAUUACCCUUUUUCCACCUUCUCAUCUCUGGGCAUAUCAUGGUGGCCAUUUUCUUUGUGAUCUCGGGCUAUGUCCUUUCUUACAAACCUUUAAAGACCAUUCGGUCUCGAUCGUUCGACCAGACCUUCACUGUGCUUGCGUCUUCAACUUUCAGACGUGCAUUGCGCCUUUACAUCCCAUCUAUCAUUGGUCUCGCCUGUGUCUUUAUUGCCGUCCGACUUGGUGUCUACAACUAUUCCUGGGGAGUGAUCAAGGAAGGCCGCACCAUUGUCGGCACGAAUGAGCAGCACCCACCAGUCUACAAAUCUCUCUACAAGCAGUCUUGGGACUGGUAUUACACGGUGGCACACUUAAUGAACCCGUUUGAUUGGUCUCUUUAUUACAAUAAUUACAACCCCCACCUCUGGACCAUUCCGGUUGAGUUCCGCUGCUCGCUCGUUCUCUUCCUCACAACCCUAGCAACCUCGCGCCUAGUUUCUCCCGUGCGCAUGGCCCUCGUCGCGACUCUAACUUGGUUCUGUAUGCGCUACGGCCGAUGGGACGUUGUCCUAUUUUUGGUGGGCAUGCAAAUGGCCGAAAUCGAUCAGAUCAACGGAACAUGGGAGCGGUCACCUUCAGCAAUAAUAGAUGACAAUCUCCACAUACGCUUCCCAUCUCGGGGCAAAAUAUUGACCACUAUCUCUCGCCGGCGCUUGUGGAUCGGAAUUUUCGUGAUCGGCCUUUACAUCGGUUCGUGUCCUAAUCUCGGAUUCAAAUGGACGCCCGGCUACAGAUGGCUCUGGGACAUCACUCCAUGGACCUACGGAGAGCCUCAUCGGUUCCCGCAAACAAUCGGUGCGGGCCUGAUCGUUUUCAGCAUCAACCACUCACCCGAUAUCCAAAAGCUCUUCACCAACCCCCUCUCCCAGUAUCUGGGCAAGAUCUCCUACGCGUUCUACAUUGUCCAUGGACCCAUUCUCCAUUCGCUGGGAUACUCGAUUAUGCCAAACAUCUGGGAAAUCACCGGCAAAGAAACAAAUUUCCAGUAUUGUUUCGGUUUCUUGAUUGGUUGGCUGGUUUGUCUACCUGUCUCCAUCUGGGCAGGUGAUGUAUUCUGGCGCGUCGUUGAUGUUCCUAGCGUGAAAUUUGCGCGGUGGCUUGAGGAUCAGCUCAUAGCCAAGGGUGUUUCUUCAACUGCAACCCCGAGUCUAAUGACUCCAAGAGCACAAACCCCACGGACACAGUAA